ACUGUAUCUGUUUUAUAUAUUAAUAUUAUACCAUUGGUACAAUUACAGUUACAGAGACAGUGCCAAGUAUCCAGACACCUGUGGGGAAUUUCCAAAAAACACACACAAGAUCUGCAUCAAGAUCACUGAUGCUUGAACAAGGUAGCACUGAAACAGACAUCAACAGCAAGAUUGGCGAUGAGCUCGUUGAAGAUCUCAAUGUUGAUCCUGAAAAAGACAGCGAUCAUUUCAUGACAUUGCUGAUUGAAUCCUUAGCACUGUUGGGCAAGAUACCUGAAGCAAUUGAGGCUAUUAAGGGAAGAAUGAAAAUGGAGAUGUCACUGAUAGUCCACAGAGCAACUUCACAAGUUAUUGAAAGAGCUGGAAGAGAGGGAGAACCAAUUGCACAACAGAAUCAGCCUCAUUUGUUACUUGAACUGUUUGAAGUGAUCUUUGACAAGUUCCGGGGUGUGGCACAUGCUCACAGUGUGAUUCUUGCUGCAAUUGAAAGACUCAUUGGGAUGGGAAAAGACAGAGAAGCAACAGACCUUGAGGAAACAAAUGUCUACAAGAUUGAUGCUGUUUGGUAUGAAAUACAGUUUGCACUUCAAGUUCUUCUCAACGACUACCUUGAUUACCUGGAUGUAGAGAACAUUGUGUCAUCUAAACAGACGUCAGCUACUUUCUCUGAUUCUGACAGUGACAUAUCGGUAUUCUUUCUGCCAAGGAGAAGAGGUGCUUCCAGGAAUGAACUUAGAACGCCGUUGUUUAGGUUUGAAUGCUCAUCGUCAGCCAUCAGCAUGAAUACUUACAUCAGAGAGAGACGUCAAGAGUGUAUGGCGGGCACUGGGGUGUCAGCUAUGGAUGAUGGCUAUGGUGAACAGCUACACAAUACUAAACCAGAGUUAGUAUGCCGACCAGACCCUAGAAAUAUCACAGUUGUAUUUUCGCCAAUAAUGGAAUUUGUAAAGGAAAUAGAGCAAGUCAUCAGUGUGCAACCAGGGAUGAAAUGCACUUUGUAUGGAUUUAUCACAGACUACGUGAAGGACAUUUUUGUUGAGAAAAUAAAGUUUGAAAUCACAGAGAAAUUGGAAGCUGUUUCCCACUCCCAGUCUAAAGGUGUGGAUGCUUUUAAACACCUUGCUGAUGCAAAUACACUGAAGACACUUGGUGCUGCAAGACCAUUACUACAGAGUACUGUGACAUUGUAUCAUCUGAUGCAAGACCUAAAGAACCUCAUGCAUAAUCUACCACAGUAUUCCAGUCAGUUCCUGGAAAUGAUCUGUAAAACCCUUACCAACUAUAAAGAGAACUGCCAUUCAACUUACAAAGAACUCUUACGUUAUUCUGGAGACAGAGACAAACCAACCAAAAUCAUCAGUGGCACGUGGGCUAAAGAUGAAGAUAUUAGCCGCCUUCUGAGGUCUCUUCCUAAUUGGACCAAUCUUCAGCAGCAGCACCACAGACAGAGAAAGGAAGAGGAAGAAGACCUGGAGGCAAUCAAGAUCAGAAAUGCACGGGGAUCAGAAAUAUUGACUAGUAACCUAGGAGAACACAUCUUGUCAAAGUCUGAAGUUCUUCUGGAUGUUGGAGAUCUUAAAACACUUGCUAAUCUUCAAGAAAGUAUGGAAUGGUUUGGGAACCACAUUCGAUUGUUUAGUACCGGUUUGUCAGCUCAGUCAACGUCCAUCAGUAUUGUUACCUCAGAGACACAGGAAAGGAUCAAAGCUCUAAACCCACAUCAAAAGGAAGUGUACUGUAGAUCUGGAUUCAUGUUUCUGCAGGGAAAGAAUUGGCAAGAAAUACCUCCCGUGACAGACGAAAUCCUCAAAUCACUGACUUCUCUUGCAGAGGAUUUCCAGCAGCUAGCAGAAACGUGUAUUCUUGUUCUUCACCUUGAGAUACGUUGUCAUUGUUUUUAUUAUCUCAUGCCUGCUGUCAGAAUGUCUAGUUACGUGUGCAAUAUGGAUGCUGUUGAUCCUGAUCCAUCAGUCAUUGCAUUAAACAAAGAUCUGACGUCUUUAGAGGAGAUAGCAACAGCUUGUCUGGCACAGCACAAAUUCAGGUAUCUGUUUGAAGGUCUUGGUCAUCUUGUGUCAUCCAUCCUGAUAUCUAAUCUUGCUUUUAUUAAGAAGAUUAAUCAAAAUGGCAUCAAAAAGAUGUGCCGCAACAUCUUUGCUCUUCAGCAAAAUCUAACCAACAUCACCUUGUCCAGAGAAGGUGAUUUAGACAAAGCACGUCAGUACUAUGAACUGUUGUAUCUUAACCAAGACGGUGUCCUGACACUCAUAGUUGAGCAAGGAGCCAAGUACACAGAGCUGGAAUACACCAACAUUCUACAGCUCCAAGCAAGAAGCAUGACAGUCAGGGAUAAUCCAGCCUUAGAACAGAGAUUGAAAAGACUGAAAGACAUUGUCAAGGAACCCACUAAUGCCACCACCUAAAAAYGUGCAAGUCCAAUUUCAAAUGUUAAAAGGUUUUGGCAACUAUAUAUAAAACUUGUUAACAGACCUUUUGGUCAGGAGCACUCUUUUUUCCAUUUCAUUCUAAGUUUUAAACAAGGCUUGUUUAUUUUAGUCAUAUCUUAUACACCAUUUUCUCAAGGUUGCAYACUCAUCCAAAUAAAAGAAAAUUGACGAGCAACAAUACCAGAACAGGAGCUUUAUAAUGAGAAUUAUCAUACAUU